AUGGGAAAAAGUGGGUCGAAGAAGGUGAAAGUGAGUUAUGGUGGUUGUGUUCAUGCUGGAAACGGAAUGCAAAAAGAAAUUAGGUGGUUGAACUGCACUAUAGACUCUCUAGAGCGAGAGCGUGAAAUUUAUCUGAAGCAUUACGGCGCUUUGAGGCACAAGACAUCAUCGAUGGUGUUGGAACCCGCAAAUGAUAUUGAUGUUGACAACGAUGACUAUGACAUUGAUUUCCCACUUCCUAAUGGUCAUGACUUGCCUAUUUUCCCUCCUGGUGAGGAGGCUCUACUUCAGAGUCAUGAAGGAAGAGAGUACGAAGAGAUUCUGAGCUCGUUAUUGGCAAAGAGUAAUCGACGCCCCGACGAUCGUGAUCGGUCUGACCACAUCCAGAAACAGGUAGAUUCUUGGACAAGUCAGAUGCCAGAGCUUGUCUCUGCAUACCUCGCAUAUCUUGGCAACAGCCCUCCUGUGAAUAAGGACAACCAGCCGGUUUGGUUCAUUCCUGUCAUUAGCUUUGAAGAGAACCAGGAACGCGACAUUUUCCACCACGAAGGCUCAUUGACAAUCCCUAUAUCUCUCGCAAGGCAUGGCCUCAUCGGCUGCAGCCCUGAGCAACCCUCUAUCGCUGUCCCUAUCCACUUCCUUCAUAUCUACCAUCAAAUCCAUCGGGUAUGCCCUCACUACAGCUUGGAUGCAUUGGCUCGUUCCCUUCAACAUGUUCAUUUUUUACCACAAGGAACCAUCCUCAAUGACCAGCUAUGUUCUGAAUACGACAUCUAUCUCGCGAUUCUACGCAAUGUGAAGACACUCUGCCUGGAGGCACUUGGACGGAAUAUAGAGCAAAUUUUGACAACAACGACUUGUGCUCCUUGCACAUACAAGCUCAAAGACAAGCCCUCCCUUGUCCCUUCCAUGCUCAUCGCCAUGGACGGCAACAACUCGUUGAAGAUGGUGGAUACUGAUUACAAGUUGGGAAAGCCACGAAUUGACAAACAGACACUUCCCGAUCACCAUUGGAUUGAAGAUGAGCGGGUUAACAAGUUCAAAGACGAGGUCGCAAAAAAUCAGGCCCGCCAGGUGAAGUCCAAGCAAAAAGCAUCAACAAAUUCAUUAUACAAUCAACCAGACCCAGCAUCUGGCACCUUCAAAGACGAGGAUGUUGCGUGGCUUGAAGUCAUUGAGGCAGAUGACCUAGCAGCCUGUAUCGACACAUGUGUCGAUCGAUGGCAAAAUGCAGGACCAGACUCAAAGAAGAAGAUGUGUCAGAUGUUUGCUGUUGCAGGGAUCUUUCUAGCCGUUUGCCACCAUGGCCAUUUGUUGGUGAUUUGUGAUAUGGUGCGGAGCAGAGAACUUAUGAAAUACCCGCUUGCAAUUGUUGAUAAAUUACUGAAGAAUUAUGGCGAUGAUCUUGGCCUUGGCUACGACAUCAUGUGUGCUUUUUACAAGACAAUGAAACAGAGUGACAAGCUUGGAAAGAAGAUUACAGAUAAACGCCUCAUUGGUGUUGUCCCAGCGUUUCAUGGCCAUGCCCAUAACCAGAAAUGCCAAUGCGACUGGCAUCCUCAAUACAUACCUGGAGUUGGGAUCGAAGACUUCGAGGGAUGUGAGCGCACAUUUUCUCUGUCCAACAGCCUUGCGUCUGUUACCCAACUCGCUACGUCUUUCCACCGGCGGCAGGCAAUAUUGGAAUAUUUUAAUUUCAAUGACAAGGACAAGCACGCACUAUCUGGCAAUUUAAUCUAUCAGAACUACCGAGAGGCACUCGAACGACUUGAAGAGGACCUGCCUCUCUUUGAGGAUGCGUGCCAGAGAUUCAGACUAUCCACAGCCGCCUGUGAGGCCUUCUUGAUCAAGGAACGGGAGUAUUUUUCAGCUGCGAUGGAGGAGUCAUUUGGAGACAAUGCAGCUUCUAGACUAUGCUGA